AUGUCAACUCAAUUGGAUGUGAAUAAUGUCAUUAAACAUAUAGAAUUACUUUAUACAUCAAAAGAUGCAAGUCAAAUUAAUUUGGUACAAGAACAAUUACAACAGUUCCAAAAACAUGAACAUAGCUAUGAAUUAGGAAUAGAAUUAUUGAAAAAUCAAAACAAUCAAGUUAGAUAUUUUGGUGCAUUGACUAUUACUGUCUAUUUAAAUACAUAUGGAUCAAAUGAAUUUUUGAUUAAGUUUAAAGAAUUACUGUAUAAUGUUCAGCAGUUAAUGCAAGAAAAUUUUAAUGGUAAUUUGUUCAUAAUAAGAAAAUUAUUAAGUAAUUUAUCAAACAUUUAUAUACAAAAUUUUGAGAACAUAGAUCCAAUAUUGGCAUUUAUCUCCAUUUUAACUAAGAACGAAAACGAAAGUGUUCAAAACUUUUUAUUAAACUUGUCAGACUUAAAGCAAAUACAAGUUUUAAUACUAUUUUUUGAGAUACUAGCAGAAGAAAUUCAAAAGCUUAUAACAUUUUCACCUGAAUUGCAUUUACUCAUUCAUCAAUCUUUAUUUUUACAUUUAUUAAAAUUAUAUGAUUUUCUACUAAAUCAAUACUCUAACUUAUCAACUGAUACUUUAUUACUACUGUUAGACUGUCUAAGUGCUUGGGUCAUUUAUAUUUCGAAAGCUGAAGCAAGAUCUGAACAAAGAUAUACCAAUGAUUUAAAUUUAUUGAUUACAUUUACAAUGAAAAAAUUGGGAGAAGAUUUUGAUGUUGAAAAAAUGGAAUCUUACAACAAAACUUUUACAGUUGUAACUGAAUUUAUUGAUAAUAUACCCAGGGUAAUUAAUCCUUUUAAAAGCAAAUUACUGGAAAUUUUCUUCGGUACGGGGAACUUUGGUAUUACUUUUUUAAACUCAAUUUUUUCAGAUCAAGAUUUAUUGGAAGAAUAUAGAAUGGAAAUUGAUAAUUACAUAAACCUUUUGGUGAACUUUUUGGAUUCCAACAUCAUUCAUAUGACUAGACAUUUGCUCGAUGAAAGUACAUAUAAUAUACUUAAGACUCUCAUUGCUUUAACUGAUGCUAAUGGAAGGCCAAUUAUUGAUGAGAAUAUAAGUUUUCAAUUGAUCUCAUUUUGGGAAGACUUUUGCAAUACAUUAAUUGAUGAUGAAGAUGUGAUAAAAGAGAUAUUGCAUAAUGAUCAAAAAUCAAUUGAUGAAUAUAAUCAAAGAAGAACGUCCAUACUUAUGGAAGUUGCUGUAAUAUAUUUCAAAAAGAUACAAAGAUUUUCAAAUGAAACGACUCAAGAGUUUACAAGAUAUCGUACAGUAGUUUCUGAUUUAUUUAUACUAUUCUAUACUUUGUUAGGAAUUCCAUUAUUUGCCACAAUUUGUGACUCGAUUGGUUCAGAUUUAAUUAUAUCAGAAGCUGCAAUUUAUCUACUACAUAAAAUCACAGUAGAUAUACGAUUUUAUGACGAUGAAGACGAUGAUGAUACCAGAAACAUGCCAUUGAUCAACCAAUUUGAUAAUUUAUUUAGUAAGAAUCUUCUAGAACUAAUUAAAAAUAAUUUAAGAGAUCAACAUAUAACUAUAAGUUUAUUAAAUUUAAUGUCAAUUUUACCAUUUUUUUACAAAUCAGAAGCAGGUAAUAAAUAUUUAGCAUCAAGUUUUGAAUUUUUAUUUGAUAUUAUUAAUAACAAUCCAGAUGAAAGAUUAUCAUUAAUUGCUUCUAAAACAGUUUUCAAAAUAUGUCAAAAUGCUGAAAAUAAAUUGAUUCCAUUUUUACCUCAACUAGAAUUAAUUUUGGCUGAAAUGUUAAGAAAUCAAACAAUAGAUGGGUUAAUUCGUGAACGUAUUACUUUUUCAUAUAUGUCCAUAGUAAGAUCACAAAAAAAUCAAAAGGAGUUGGGAGAUAAAAUAUUUGCAAUUUUACAAAUUAUAAUACAACAAAAACAACAUGUUAAUGAAGAACACAAUGAAGACUAUGUUACUAGUUUGAUUGCUUGCAUUAAUGAGAUUGGAAAAGCAUGUCAAUACCCAGAAGAAAUUGAAGAUUAUUUCAAUCCAACACAAUUAGAAGAGUUUAAAUCGUAUUGGUCGGUGGAUCCAUUAAAUAUCAGAAGUUUAAUAUUAGAAAGUCUCAAAAUUUUUUCAUUAGAUUCUGACUUUUUGAGUCAAAAUACAAUAGUCACUGAAAAAUGUUGCUACAUUUUAAAAUCGGGAUUAAAUGAAACAAUACCAGGACCUUUUACGUUUAAUUUAAAUUUAAUAUUUCAGUAUAUAAUUGCAAAAGCAUCAAGGUCAAAUACUGCUUCAAUAGAUUAUAUUCAUCAAUUGUUAAUAAGUGUAAUAUUAACGAACUUUAAACUAAUUGAACCGGUUCAACUAGAACAAGUUUUAACAAAGGUCAUUUUGGACAUUGAAUCAAUGAUCAAAUUAGAUGAAGACUUAAUAAAAUCAUCUUUAGAUGUAUUCACUUCAAUAAUUGAACUAAAGCCAAGUUUAUUAAUUUACUCAUCGGAUAUUUUCAAUUAUAUUUUACAAUUUGCACUAAAUGCUUUUGUCAAAUCUGAAACAUCAAUAAUUAAAUCAACAAUAAAAUUCUGGAACACAUUAGCAGUUUUGAAAAAGGGUAAUCAAAAAGAUCAAGAAUACAUUAGGAACUUUAUUACAAAUGAUUCAACUGGCACAUCAUUAGGUUUUAAAUUAAUAGAAAAUCUAACAUUAGCAUUUAUAUUAUCACCAAGAUCGAAUUUAGAUUAUUAUUAUCCAUUGCUUAGAACAUUUAUAAGUAAGUAUUCAAUUGAGUUUAAAAAAUGGGUAUCUGUAGUUUUAGAAACAAAUCAAGUAGGUAAAGAUAGUCUAACAAAAGAUGAAAUAAAUCAAUUUAUUGGGAAAUUAAUGCUUACUAGAGGUCAAAGAGUAGCCAAUAAUGUUUUAAAAGAAUUUUGGUUGAAAAUUAACAAAUUAGUGGAAUAUUAA